CGUUGUUGUACGCGAUGCUACUGAACAGAUAUGUCGCGAUAGAAAGUCCGCUUGCACAUAGACGUUUAAGCCUCGAAAAGAUGCUUAAUCACGAUGCAAAAUUAACCAAUAUACGAAAGCAACGCAUGGGACAACUUUACGCAACUAGCUGCAAACUUUAACAGCACCAACCUCACAUCACUUCCAGCAGUUAGCAUUGUUUUAUCUACUACUAUAGCCACUGCUUUAGAUUUUUUAUUUUUUUUUAUAUUUUCGUGGAGCAAGUCUGAUGAAUUCACCGAAAAAAGAAACAGACGAUGAUGUAUCCGUGAAAGAUCCGGUGAAAUAUGGCGAACUGGUCAUUCUUGGGUACAAUGGCUCCCUGCCGUGUGGGGACAGAGGGCGCAGAAAGAGUCGCUUCGCUCUUUACCGCAGAGCCAAGGCCAACGGAGUCAAACCCAGUACAGUUCACAUCCUCAACACGCCACAGGACACCAAGGCGGUGCACAGCAGGGGGCAGCACAGUAUCUCCUUCACACUCUCCAGAAACCAGACUGUGGUGGUGGAGUAUUGCCAUGACAACAACACAGACAUGUUCCAGAUCGGCCGGUCGACAGAAAGCCCCAUUGAUUUUGUUGUGACGGACACUUCAGGAGGAGGGAAAGAGAGUGAGGACCCUUCGAUCGCACCCAGCACUAUCUCACGCUUCGCCUGCAGAGUCGUUUGUGAACGAAACCCACCCUAUACCGCUCGUAUCUACGCCGCCGGGUUUGACUCCUCCAAAAACAUCUUCUUAGGGGAAAAAGCAACUAAAUGGAAAAACCCAGAUGGUCACAUGGACGGUCUGACUACAAAUGGUGUCCUGGUGAUGCAUCCCGAGGGGUUUCCUGAUGAUCCGAAGCAGGGGCUGUGGAGGGAGAUCUCAGUGUGUGGAGACGUGUACGCUCUGAGAGAGACACGGUCCGGACCCAGCCGAGGAAAACUGGCGGAGGGUGAGAGCAGUGCAUUGCGAGAUGGUUCCCUGGUGGAUCUGUGUGGGGCGACUCUUCUGUGGAGGACGGGGGAGGGGCUGCUCAGGGCUCCGACCCUCAGACACCUGGAGGCUCUGAGGCAGGAGUUGAACGCCUCCAGACCCCAGUGUCCUGUGGGGCUCAGCACACUGGCCUUCCCCAGCCUCCCACGCAGCCACAGCCUGGAGGAGCGACAGCCCUGGGUGUACCUCACAUGUGGUCACGUCCACGGGCGCCAUGAUUGGGGUCAGAGGUCAGAGGGCGAGGAUGACCCGAGGGAGAGCGACGGCUCCACAGCACGUAGAGAGUGCCCCCUGUGCCGCAGUGUGGGUCCCUACGUCCCGCUGUGGCUGGGCUGUGAACCGGCCGUGUACGUGGACGCCGGGGCUCCCACUCACGCCUUCGUCCCCUGUGGUCACGUGUGCUCGGAGAAGACGACGCGCUACUGGGCAGAUACUCCUCUCCCACACGGGACUCACGCCUUCAGACCCAUCUGCCCCUUCUGCUCCUGCGCGCUCAGCACCCCGGGGUGGACCAGACUCAUCUUCCAGGGACCCAUCGACUGAAGCCACGGAGCAAAACCACUUUCACAGCUACGCACGCCCAAGCUACAGUCAACACGAGGAUAAUGUUACACGUGAGACAAGUUCCCAUAUUAAAGCUGCUGCCUAAUAAGAUGAGAGCAUCUUUAGUUAUACCAAAAUGGGGAAAUUCUAGUGUUGCAACUCAAAGUUCAAGAACAACAGGAGAACAGGUUAUUACAAUCAAAAAUCAAGAUAAAUGAAUAUAAAAAAUAGACUUAAAGCUACCAUCUGUGAGUUCUUUUCACCCGUUCAGACUCACCUGUGCUCUCUGGUCUUCUUCUGUCAGGACAAAGCUGGCACACUGUCAGGCAGAAGUAACUUAAAUAGCAUCUAGUGGUGAGAUGUGAGAAUACAACAGGGGCAGGUCAACCAGUCUAAUUACAGAUUAUAGUUUUAAAUCUAAUGUAAAUAUAAUUAAUAGAUACUUUUAAUUUCACUUGCAUAGAAUUAAAAUAUAGACUACAACUACUAUUAUGUACAAUAGGCUCUUAUGUUAUGUAGUACAGCAUAUGGACAGAAAAAGGAGAAAACUUGAAUACCAAAGUACAGCGCAAUAUGGGAACUUUAAUCAUAUAAUCUAAUGUACAUGUGUUUUAUGGUCUGACUAUUGUCUUGAAAGUAGCUUGGGUCUUUUACAGUCCUUCUCCUGUUCAUCACUCACUGCUUAUAAUAUUCAAUACAUCCAGUAGUACUGUAUUUUACAUGAUACCAAAUCAUGAAUCUGAGUGAGUCUGCACUUUUCACACUGCAAAAAUAUACAUCUACAUGAGUUAAAAUGCUAAUCACAAAUUGAGUACUUUUGAUUUAUCUGCAUAGUUCUAGUAGCUUUUUUAGCAUUAUUUUCUUUUUAAAGGGCCUGAACAUGAUUUUUUUUAUUUAUAAUCAAGAUAAAUGCUGUUUAAAAGCUGCUAUAUAAGAAACAAAAAUAGUAAAAUUUAAUCUUUUACACAGCAUUUUCUCUGGUAAUAACUAAUACAGAAGCUAAUCAGGCAUAUUGUUGCUAAGAAUUAUGGGAAACCAACUGCCUGACACUAUCUUACACACUUGAUCACUGUCAUGGUGCAUUUUCAAGAGUGACAAAACGCACAUAGAAGGAUGAUUACUGCAUGACCAAGGGCGGCGCUUAGGGGGUGCCAAGGUCUUCAAUGUGGGUGCUCACUUAAUAUGCAAAUUUAGAGCCUUUUUUACAAUGGAGUGUACGCCCAACCCCUACCAUGUUUACUUUACUGUUUUAAAUAAGUUUAAAUGUAGUGAGCCCCUUGUAGUGAGCCCAUUUUAGGAUAUUUUUGGUCUAGGUUGAAUGUACUAUGAAAAUGGGGCAGAAAUCAUUUGGGAGGCUAUGGGGUCCAUUCUAGGGGGGCUGGUGACCCCCUGGCCCUGUACAUGAAAAGUUUAAAUUAGCUUAAACUAAAACAUGUCUCUGAUUCGUGAUUUGAAAUCAGGUGCAGGCCCUUGAAUUCUACCAUAUAUUUAGCUAUUACAGUAAAAUUACACUUGCAAUAACAUGCAUCCAAAAGCGUCCAAAUUAGUCAAAACUAAUUUAAGAUUCAUUUUAACUCAUGUAGAUUUGUUUUUGCAGUGCAUUUGGUGUUUGCCCUACAGUAAUCACACUUAAGCCUUAACCUAUUCAUUCAUUUCACCAUCACACAUUAGAAGUUUAUGAAUUGACAUCUACUAAGCAUUUCCUCAUUAUAAUGUUCAACAUACGCACUUCAAUUAUUUUCAAGAAAGCACCCACAUAUUUUCUAUAGUGUCUUUAAAUAAUCUGGUGAUAUAUAUAUAUAUAUUUGUAUAUGUUCUGGACAGUAUUAUAUUCUUAUGAUAGAUGAGAGAGAGAGAGACCAGAUUUUAAUGCUUCCAUCCAUGUACCGUUGGGAUGCUAUAAAAUAUGCAGGCUCAUCUUGUUUUAAUCUAUGCACUUGCAAUGCCCUCUUCUAAUAUUGGUUUCACUGAGAAAGCUGUAGUGAUGUGGUAACUUUAUGUGGUAGUUUUUGAGACUUUCUGGCCCUAAGAGGCAUUUAAAAUGUGCAGGUUUUCAGAGGCGAUGCAUGGACUGAACCAGGACUAAUCCCGAAAAAAUAAGAACUAAGUAAUUCACGGAGAUGGUUUCGCUGCUAGAAACUUCUUGACAGUUAUGACAUCUGUAUUUUCAUAGUACCAAACCAGAAACUUUCCAAAGUGCAGUUAAAAAUCUCAUAAAGUUUUAUUCAUCUGUUAAUGUUCUGAUCUGAUACCCAGUAAUACUAUAGAAAGUAUUGUAAUAUAAGUCUGAUACCAGUACCAAUGGGUUUUGUAUUAAACUUUACUACUAUGAAGAAUACAGCAAUCACGCUUCACCCCAACGUUAUCUGUUAUAAAAAUAAAAAAAAAAACAGUAAAUACAUUUUAAAUAAAUCUAUAUUUAUCUGAUCUAUAUCUAUAUUUGCGCAUGAUGAGUACUUUUUGUCGUAUUAGUACAUCUGUCACUACCAGGCCAGUUUAAAACACAGAGUUCACUUCAAACCGAUACUAAAAAGAUGAUUUACUGCUCAGAUUUUUUUAAAGUCCUGGUUUACAUUUUAAGUUACGAUACAUUUUAACAGUCAAUAUUAGCAGAGGGCACUGAAGCACUCAUACUGUAAGACCAUGUGUGUCUUAAAAGCUGCAGACUCAUGCCGUAGCACUAGCACUGAUGCACCACUGGGAGCACUGUAGAGCACACUGUAAAUGAAUAUUUACAUGAGUUAAAAUUACUUGAAUUCAGAAUCUUGACUACAGACAUUUUUACUAGAUUAGUUUAGAUUAAUUUGUUUAACUUGAGUUUUUAAUGUGUUAUGUUUAAGAUUUCUUUGAAGCUGCACUAUGUAACUUCUUGUCUCCAUGGAGAUGUUAUUGCUUUUCCUAAUGUUUGUUUCACAGUAUGGCAUUACAUUAUCCUGUUCAAAUGCAUUUUCACUGCUGGAAAAAUUGCCCUGUGGCGUUACUUGCUUGCGUCAUGGAGAUAGAUGUCGAUAGAUGCCUUAUUGUGGAAUAUUCCAGGCAAAGCUUUGGCAUCUUCAUGGAGACUCUUUGGUGAACCCCUCACCUGAAACGUUACAUUGUGCAUCUUUAAAAGAGAUUCAGAAUUGCAACUGUAUUGAUAACUUAAUAAGAGUGAUGUAUAUUGAGAAACAAGUCAGAAACAUAUCAAGAAAAGUGAAAUGAACUAGUCAAAAUCACUCAAAUCAUUUCUUCAGAAUUCACAUGAUUUUAACUAAUGCAAAUGUUAUUUUUAGUGUAACUCAUUGUUAGUGAGUGAUGAACAGGGACUGGUGUUAAACCGGGUCAAAACUUCAGAUCACUCCAAAGCAAUAACUGCACUCUGGUGAAUAAGCUAAUCCUGCGCUAACCCUGCGCUAACCCGCUGAACCUACACUGAGGAGUGAAGCGAUCGGCUGCAGAGGAGAGAGUUUCCGGGUUAAGGGCUCAACCAGAAGUGUGUUCAAGAAAACGCAUUAACUUUAUCAGACACUACCAACGUGUGAAGUUACCAAAGCGCUAAACCUCAAAGAGAGACCACAAAAAUAAUCACAUUUUAGUUUUGAUUUUAAAGAGGGGGUAUUUUUGUGAUUGCUCAAACAUGCGUAAAUGAUUCUGAAAACCGCUUCAGGCUUGUGUUUGAGGGAACAUUAAUAUUUGGUAGAAAGCUUGAAAAGUUUAUUUAGAGUAAUACUCCCUCUUGCCAAUGCCAAUGUUUAUGUAGUAUUUGAACUCACACUUUGACUAUUCUACAAUACUCAGUCACUCCUCAUUCAUAGUACUUGGUGCUUGUAAACUACUUCUGGAGCCACAGGUGCCAUGGGGCACACUGACCAAAACAUGGCUGCUAAUAACAUCUAUGACCUCACUAACCGUCAUCAGUCUUUACAUCUCACUUGUGGAAAAAUGAAUUCAAAAUAUUUUAUUUUUGACAAAAUUAAAUGACUUAUUUUAUAACCUUUUUGACUAAAUGUGGUAUUUAAACUUGAAAUAAGUAUCUGCCUACAUUGUAACAUGCAAUAAUCACAUAUAUCCAGGCUUUCUAACCCAAACCUUAACCUUACAAAUUACUACAAUGUUAUUAUAUGUAACAUGUACUGUAAAAGAAACUUUAAAUAAUAAAAGCCAUGAGUAUUUAAACCAAACAAACUAGGUUACAUUAAAGAGACUAAACUAGUUAAUUUUACUCAAAUUUAAUAUUUUUGUAGUUCAGGCAAGGUGUAUGAAGUGCCUUGCCCAAGGACGCAAGAACAGUAUGCAACACUACCCUCUAGUGGUAUGUUCGAAGUGAUGGUUUAGGUCUCAUCUUUACUAGAACAUUAGAGCCACAGUUAAAAGUCCAUUCAUAAAUUCAUUGUUCAGAUUGCUUUGAACACACUUCUGGUUCCGGAAAUAAACAGGGUCUGUGUUCUGCGAUCGUUUGACCGAAGUGUAACCUCAACAGAAACUUACUUUUUCUGUUUUCAAAAAAGACUAUUUUGUUAGGGAUUUUAUUGUGGGAUGGGUUUAUUUUGAGGGGCAAAUGGGUGGGUCCUUUUAGAUGUUUUAGUGUUAUAAAUACUAUUUUUCUAACUGAUUAUUGCUUUAGUUUCCUGUUGUUUUCUGUAUGAUAUUAUUGUGUGGUAGAAGUAGGAGAGUUUGUGAGUGAGUUGCCAACACUGUGUCAGACACUUGUUCACUGCCUGCUGCUGAUAUCGGCAUCUUUGAACUGAUUUGGCAAAUCAGGAAAAAAAAAAGACACUGAUACAAAUUUCUCUAGUUCUCCAAAUUUAAGGACUAAACCAGGCCUAAAUCAGGACUAAACUGAGACUAAACGAGGACUACUGCAGUCUAAAGCGGAACUCAAGUGAUUUAUGCAGAUUUCUGGGGCACACAUUUUGAGGAAGAUAUGAUGUUGGUUCCUUAAAAUAUUCUUCAUUUUAGUAAGUCCUGAAUGAAAUAGUUUAUGGUUUUUGAGUCUUGACACCAUAUACAAAAAUAAUAAGAAAUCAACCCAUUCUUAAAAUAAUCAGUUUAUAAUCAUUAAUUCAUAGAGUUGCCAAAAACUGUUACAGAAAUUGUGGAUUCAUGGGUUUAUAUUUACAAAAAUGUUUAAAGAGAGAGAGAUACUUUAUUGAUCCUGAGGGAAAUCCAAGUUUUGCUGCAGCAACAUUUACAUUGCACUUCUCAGUCACCUUUGUGUUUCAGUCAAAGGUCUCAGGUCAGUUUAACGGGAGGACUGGUCAGGGAGGGUCAGCAGAUCUGCGUCAGGGCACUUUGAGGAGAGGAAGAGCCAAAAAUGUCCCUCCUCUUUGUCCUGCAGCAUCACAGCAGCCUCCAGGUGGCGCCAGGUGAACAUGAAGUAAAAGGAAACCUAGUUAUUACUCUGAUCUUGGUUUUCAUUUGAUGAUGAAAUGGACCAUUCCCUAAAAGUAUUUCAUCUGGAAGGUCUUCUGCCACAUUUGCUGCAACAUACGGAUACCUAGUUUAUUACACAAUCCAAAUCUGUACUAUGUAACUUCUUCGGGGUGUCCUUUUAACAUUGAGAAUAGUUUUACAGCUUCUCAUAUUUCUCAACGAUGCCAAUAUUAGCAGUGGGCACUAUAACAUACUGCUACCAGAAACAUUGCUCUGGCAUUGAAUGUAGCCAAAUAUUACGGGCUAUGUGACUUAGCCUUCCCCUGGUGCUCGGAGUGAAUCGUGAUUUACUAUUUUUGUAACUGAAUAUUAUGGUGAAGAUCUAGUGCUUGAACAGUCCAAUAACUAUCAGUAGCCUCGUGUACGAAGAUGUUACAAAACACUGCAGAAAAUAAUUGAAAUGGGUUAAAAUGACUUGAAUUUAGAAUAUUGAGUUUUGACAACUUAAAAAAUUUUGAGUUAAUCUACCUACUUAGUUUUCUUAAAUUAAGCGCUAGUUUCAUAAAAUAAUUUGGAAGACUAAGAAUUAAUCCCCAUCCUACCCUGGCAGUUACAAUUUAUAUAAAGUUAAAUUAGUAAAAAUAAAGUUAAAUUGGUCAAAAAAUAUAAUAAAUUCAAGUCAUUUUAACCUGUGUUUUUGUAGUGUCCAAUAAUAAUCAAUAGCCUCAUGUAUGGAAGUUACGCACUCACUGAAUUUGCAUGUGCUUCACUAACACACAAAACGCUUUGGGUAUUUCACGGUGCUUUGCCAAAUUGUGCUUAAAAUUUUACAAGUAUUCAGUUUCGUAUUUUAAUUUCCUGAAGAAUUUGUGUGUUUCGGAGGAGAUAUACAAUUAAGAAAAAGUAAAGCGGGAAUUUUAAGCACCGUGGUAAAUGUUUUGUGAGUGAAAUUUAUAAUGCAUACACAGUAUUCUUACUAACAAGACAAGCGCACCUAUUUUACAUUUAGGCAAAACACCACACAACGUACACUGCAACAAAACGACAUCUACAUAAGCAAAAAUGACUUGAAUUCAGAAUAAGAAUUUUGAUUUGAGCUGUUGUGACUAGUUUGAGUAAAUUAUGAUUUUUACACAUACUUUUUUUUACUUAUUUCACGGUAUUUCAAACGCUAAUUGUACAUAAUAUUGAACAAAACAUACGAUUUUUGCUUUUUUAUUUGUGUAGCUUUUAUAUUUUUUUUCAGACAUUGAAUUUGAAUCCACAAAAUGUAAUGAAACCGUAAAAUUUAUUGUUUCAAGACCUGCAAUUCCGACUGGAAGACAAAAACUGGUUCUCAACAUAAAACCAAAACUUGUCCGUAUCAAUUAUGCAAACGAAAUAUUCAGAUUUCAAGUCAUUUUAUUGUGUGUAGAUCUAUAUUUUUUGCCGUGUAUAGCCUGCUUGAUCACUUGCUAGCCUAAAUUGAAUCUUCACUGCUCAAAACAGUAUUGAAAGAAGCAUGAAUGAUGGUUAUGUAAUGGUAAACAUAGCUCAGGUUUUAAAGAUGGGAAAUUAACAAUGCAUUCAGUAUUUCCACAGGUCUAAAACAUUUCAACUGAAGAGGAAAUGUCUCUUUAAGCAGGUUCAAAACUGUGGUAUUAGCCGCCAUAUUGUUUCUGUCACUAUUGGCAUGUGGAUGGAGGAUACUGCAAAAAAUGAAUAUGUAAAUGAGUUAAAAUUAUUUGAAAUUAAUAAUCCGUAUCUGUUUUCUCAUUUUACUUGUUCAAAAUUACAAACACUCAAAAGGGGCACUAAGUAACUUCUAAGGUGGAGCGUCCUCUACUUGCUUGUCUCCAUGGAGAUGUUAUUUCUUUGCCUGGUUCCAUAACAGGACAUUAAUAUAUCAACAAAAUUAAUAUAUCUCUCUUGUUUUGAUGUUUUAUAGCUCAAAAAUACCUUAAAAACAUGAAUUCUUAACAUUUGCAGGCUUGUUUCUCCAUAGAUCUGACCAUUAAACUCUGUCCAUUGUGUAAGUUUAUUUACAUAUUGUGGAAUAAUCAAUAAUAAUCAAUAAUCACUAAUCAAGGCAAAAACAGUACUAUCUCCAUGGAAACAAGCAAGUGGUGGACCCUGAACCUGAAAAGUUACACAGUGCACAUUUUAAGUUUAAUGCUAUGUUAUUCCCAUUUACAAUGAAUCUACACUUUUAAGUAGAUUAUCUUAAUUUCAUCAAAAUUGUCUGGAUUGCAAAAAAAAAAUCUUACCUUGCUGGCAGAAAAAUUUAUUUAAACAAUUUAAAUAAUCAAGUAAACCAAUCAAAACUACUCAAAUUAUAACUGAUAUUUUCUAUUAAUUUUAACUCAUGAGGUAUUCUUUUUUGACAUGGGACUGUUGCAUCUUGUACAAUGUUUUAAUUACUUAUUUUUUUUUAUCUCCUUUUUCAACCUUGUGCCCAAAUAUAGAUUGAUUUACUUUCAUUUUUCUAAAUAUUUAGUUGUAUAAAAUGGUUUUACUAUAAUGUUGUGUUGCUUUUACCACUAAUGAAAUAUCUCUACAUUUAUUCCUAACCCAAACUUUCUCAUCUCAAAGUCAGUGUCAAGUCUCAUAUAUUAUAAAUGGAUUCCUUUCGAUGUUUUGUAUACCACUAUUUUGUAUCAUUUUGCCUCAUAUUCUUGUGAUAUUAUUCGGUGCACAGACAAUCUGCUAUACACAUGUCAAUAAACCUGUUGAAAGUUGAAA